AUGUUCACGUGGCUAAUAAAGGAUUUCAAGUCUUUGCAAGACCGAAGAAUUCAAUCUCAGGAAUUCGACGCCGGUGGCUGCAGAUGGUGUUUACUAGUUUAUCCCAAUGGGAAAGAAGGAAGGAAUAGCGUGUCUCUGUAUCUGCUUGUUGUUGGUUAUAAAGACUUGCCUCCUGGAUGGAAGAUAACCGCAAAGUUUUCCCUUCGCAUUGUAAACAAUUUUUCAGAAAGUCUCUCGGAACAAGGAACUGAAGAAACAUGGUUUAAUAGGGACUAUCCUGCAUGUGGUAGAAAUAACUGGUUGCACCGUAGCAAACUUAAUAAUGGUUUUUUGGUGAACGGUGACCUCAAGAUUGUUGCAGAAGUAGAGGUUCUCCACAAAUCUGGUGUGGAGACUCAUGAGGAGAUGGAAGAUUUAGAUUAUCAGUUGUAA